ACGUUUCAUGUUUUCGUUUAUUUGAAUAUCCAAAUGCCACCCCCAUGUACAGAAGAGUUGGUUGCGGCCGCCCCGCAGCACGAAUGUGAGUUCCAAUACGGGAGCUGGAGGAGCGUUCCAUCUGCUCUUACAAGAGGGGUGGGAGAGCAGAGAGUGUUGGCUGUUGCUAUAGCUACGAGUUGUUGAAGCAGCCGGCCUGGACCCUGUGGAAAGUGAAUUUAAAAUGGACCAGAACAGGAGCUCAGAACUGAACGUGUCCGACUGUACAGCGGUGUCAGCAGCAUUAGUGCAUUUGCUAGAAAUCGAGAAACAGCUGAGACAAGAAGAACUGGGAUUUGAUGAAGAAGCUUUACAAUAUCUGAUGGGGAUUGCUGACGCCCUAAAGGAAUUGGAACAUGCUAGAAGGGCUACACGUGAGCUCCUGGAAGAAGAAACAAUAAGGACCAGCAAAUUGAGAUACAGAAUUCAGCACCUCCCAGGAAUGAUAACAAAGGAGAUAGAAGAGGCAGUUUUAAGUGCUCGCCUGUUGAAUGCCUCUGAGCUACAGCAGCUACAAAGUGAGUUAACUAACAAAAUGCAGAAACUGGAACAUGCUGUUCGGAGUCAGUCAGAGCUUGAAGAAAUGAAUUUAUUUCUUAGUCAGCAUGGUAAAACACUGGGGGAUGCAUACCAACAAGCUGUUGAUUUACUUAACCAGCAUAUGGCAGAAAAGGCUUCUCUAAACAUUAUCGUAAAUGAGACUCACGUGAAAUGUAAAGAUGCCCAAGAUGCAGUUAUUGAAUACAAAAACCGAACUGAAGACCUGGCAGAAGACAUGAUAACUGAAAGGGAAAUAUUUUUUGAGGAAAAAAGACACUUGAUUGAUGAGAUUAAAGAGACAGAGCUAAAUACAAGGGCCCAAGAAGAACAAAAUAGUAAGAAAAAAGAAAUUUAUGUCCAUCUGACCUCACUUCUAUUUGAUGAAGAGGAAAAGAUAAGUAAAGAAAAAGAGAUUAUAGGUGGUAUUAAAGAUGAAAUAUUACUUUUACAAGCAUCACAUGCUCGACUGACAGAAAAGCUGGAUGUCAAGAGACAGGAGUCCCAGAAUUUGGCUCAAAAAAUUUAUCAUUUUGAAACAUGCAUUGAAGAAAUGAAAGACAGAUACACAAAAGAAAGCAAAUCACUAAAUGAAAAGAUAUCAGAGCUGGGUGAAGAGAUGGAUAUAGUGAAAAAGCUUCAUCAGACACUAACAGAACAACAUAAGCAACUGAUGGAAGAAAACCAGACGACUAGAGAAAGAGAGGACAAAGAAUAUGCAAAAAAACAAGACACGGCAAAACAACUUGAACAAAUAAGAGCUGCCCUCAGUGAAAAGAUGGAACUUUAUGGAAAACUCAAAAAGGAGAUUAAAAUUCUGGAACUGGAAACUCAAAGACAAGUAGAAAAUGGCAGAAAUCGCACAGAGCAAUUAGCAGCUCGCGUUGAGGAGUCUAAGGAGGUGCUUGCAAAAGAAACACAGAAUAGGAAGACACUUCAGGUUAAGAGAGAAGAAUUAUCAAAAGACCUAGAACUCUGGAAGAUCGCUGAAGAAACAUUUACAAAUCAGCUUAAAGAGAGAAUUGCUAAUGGCAAAAAGGAUAUUGCUGCCCUAACUAAAGAGGUAAACCAUCUUCUCAAAACCAUAGAGCAGUGGGAUAACCAGAUCCACACCCUGACUGAGGAGAUUGAUAAAGCCAAAGAAGCAUAUUCAGACAUGGAAAGAGGGUUGUCAGCAGAGAUAGACAAACUACAGGGACAGUUAAAUCUUUUAAGUGAAAAUCUUGUAUCAGAGACUGAAAAAUUAGCAAGUAAAAUCAACCUCCUGAAGGAAGCAGAAGAGAAACACAGCAUGGCAGAGAAUAACUAUGAGCGACUGAAAAAUAAAGUUGCGGAACUGAAAAACCAGCAGAGGUCAUUAGAAAUGUCAAUGAAAAGAAUUAUCAAGGAUAUAGAAACAAAGUCAGAACUGAAGGAAACAAAGGAAAUUGCAUUGAAAAACCUACGCAGUGGUUUAUUUGAAGAGCUGCAAAGUAAUCUUGGGAAAAUACUGCUAAUUGAAAAGGAUAUCUAUGAAGUGAACAGAAAAUUGGAACUCGUCACCAUUGAGAAUUGCCGCCUGAAAUUAUGUUGUGCACAAUUCAAAGAAGAUAUUGAUAAAUCAGUCAUGGAAGCAAACACACACUUGUCAGCUGCGCAACAAAUACAGAGCAAUUUGGCUAUACUGAUUGAGCAACUCCAUGACGAAUGGGAGAAGGAUAACUUUGUAUGCAAAGAUUUUUCAGAUCGAGAUGAAUCAAUAUUAGAUGCUCUUGUACAGCUUAUUAAUAAAAUUAAUCGCCGAGCAGAGAAAAUGGAUUUUCUUAAAGGCAAGCUGCAGGACAAAUUUUUGGGACUGGCUGCCCUUCUGGAUACCAAAGAAAGUAGGUCAGCCUACAUCUGUCAUUGCUCACUGACUUGGAAAAGAGCACCAGAUCUUUUCACUGAUUUUAUUUGUUGAUGACGCAAACAAAACAUAUUAUAGUUAUGAACAUUAAAAAAAAAAAACAGUUCCCUCGUUUCUUUGUAUUCAAGAAACAAUGUUUUAAAAAAUAAAUAUAUUAAUGCUA